CCGGGAGAGAGGCGCGCGCAAUCUGCGCGUGGACACCCACGCACACGCGCCCUGGCGGGCAGUUCUAGCCCCGCGGUGCCUGUCCGGCAGUGGGCGCCCCCCUGUGCCGCUCUGGGCGGAGCAGCAGCGCCAGGCUCGCCGCCCGCCCGGAUCCCUGCUGCUGCCGCCCAGAGGAGGAAGGCACCUCUGCUCGGAUUCCCCAGGCGCCGGCGCUGCGGAGAGCCGUGCGGGCGGGCGCCAGCAGGGGAGCGCGAUGAAUGAGUUCCCCCGGCGCCGCCGAGUUGUCUGAGUUGGCGCCCCGUGCCAGGCUCUCUGCGCCCCACGCGCUCCCAGCUCCCGGGGCUGCAGCCCACGCCAGCGGCCGGGGUCGAGCCCGCCGCGCUUGGGAGCCGAGGCUCGCGAGCCUCUCCGGUCCUGGCACCAGUUUGGGGAGCAGGGUGGGCCCCCAGCAGAGGCGCGUUUUGCUGGCACUCCCCGCGGCCCUUGCUGUCUCUCUGGCGUCGUAUCAGCAAUCGCGGAUCCAGGCUUACCUGGAGAAGAACAAGAUCGGCCCCCUGUUUGAGGAGUUAAUGACCAAAUUAAUAACUGAAACGCCUGACCAUCCAAUCCCAUUUCUCAUUGACCAUCUUCAGUCUAAACAAGGAAACCGUGGGCAACUUCAAAGAACUUUAUCUGGAUCAGCAGCGCUCUGGGCGGAAAGUGAAACAUCAGAACAUAAAGGAACAAGAAGGGAUUUCAGAGGCUAUGAUAAACCUUGGCAAUUAAAUGCAAAGAAGCCAAAAAAGUCAAAAAGUGACCUUGCUGUGUCUAAUAUUUCCCCACCAUCUCCAGAAUCCAAAUCAUUGCCAAGGUCAGUAGAUCAUCCUAAGUGGAACUGGCGGACUAAACCAGAAAGGCGUGAUUUUGAUGAACUGAACCACAUCCUUCAAGAGAGCAAGAAGCUGGGAAAAGCCCUUGAGAAUCUCUCUCGAAGUAUCGCAAUUUCAGAUGAACUUGAUAAGGAAACGGCGGCGUUUAAUUCUUCUCUUCUGAGACCCCGUGUGAUCGGAGAAUGGAUUGGCCGAGAAGAGAAUGAUGCUGACCCACUAGCUGCUGAAAUGUUACAGCCCCCCAUUCCGAGAAGUAAAAAUGAACAGUGGGAAAGUGAAGACAGUAGCUCCAGCCCUGCAGGAAGCUUAAAGGUGGAACUCAAGACUAAGGGAUUAAAACAACAGCAACAGCAACAUAAGAAACUGCUGGCAGCCAUGCUCUCUCAGGAUUCUUUCGAGUCCAUUCACAGCCCGACCCCAUCUGUAACAGAAGAAGAUAUUGAUAAUGAAGAUGAUGCAAUGGAAUUGCUGGGUAAUUUUAAACAUUAAUAAUUUCUCUUUUUCUUCUUCUCUGGCAUUGUAAAAAUGUGCAGUGGUUAAGAGAUUUGAAAAGUUCCGAAUAGUUUUGUCUUAGGGGAAAGAGUUUAACACAUACUUUAUUUACCUUAGGCUUUUAUGAAGUGGCAUGUAAGAACUAAGUUUAAAUCAUCUAAGCAUGCAGUGUUAGACUGUAUUUUGUGCUUUGUAUAUGCAGCCUUUUACCUUCUGACUAUUGAAUCAAGCUUUAUUCUGUGUGCAAUUGUGAUAAAGAUUCGCCUGUUUACUUUUUUCUCUGAUUAUAAUUGCCUUGAUUGCAUCUUUUGUCUAUAAAAUGUGUGCAAAGUACAUAUUUCAGUCCUCCUUCUAAGAUGUCCCCCUGUUAUUUCAAGGAUGUUUUAGAACAAUAGAGUAAAAUUUAAAGUGCAGAGAGUAAAUUAAUGUUUUGUGUCUUCCAUUAAUGACAGGAAAGAUUGCAGAGACUGCAAUGUUUUUACAGGUUCAUUACUUUUCAUAAAAACCUUGGUAAUAUUGUAGAUGCAGGAAAUCCUUUUAUAUCUGCUGAUGAAGUAAAUGUGCAUUUCUGUUUUAUCAGAUCUUUUCAUAGUAAUUUUUAAAAAUUCAACUUCCCUUUGGAAAAGCAUUUUCCCAAAAGAAGAAAUGAAAUUUUAUUUCAGAGAAAGUGACACAUAUAAAGAAUGUGUUUGAAUUCAGUAGUAUCAUUUGUUCUAUUCUACAUAGCUAGAACAAUUUUCAGUACUUUGUAAAAUAGACUAGUAAGAGAAUAAAUAAUAUAUUCAUUUGAAAGUUUCAGUUAAGUUCAACAUAUAGAAUAGGGAGUCCCAGAAAUAUACAUCUAUUUUAAAUUUUUUUUUCUGAAACAGAUUUCUUAGUUUCAAGCAUUUAGGGCAAUAAAAUGCUAUCCUAAUAAAUGCUGUGGGUCUCCAUACAUAGGCCUGCAAAGGUAUUAUUUAGUCAGUGAUGGCAGCUUCACAGCUGUCUCCUGAUGUAAUAUUACAUCAUUACAGCAUUAAGGAGACUAUUUCAUAACAUUUCUACUUCAUUGAUCAUUUUAAAGAACAGUUAGGUCUGGGUGUUGUUUAAGGAAUCUUAUCUCCUGGCCUCUGAAUCAUUAGUGUGACAGAUAUGCAAUGAGGUGGUGGUACCUUCUUCAUUCAACUUCCAUUCAGCAAAUGUUUACUGAGCACCUACUUUGUGCCAGGCAGUAGAUGCUAUUUUUAUGUCCCCAGGACCAUGGGGACAUAAAAAUAAAAUAAUCAUGGUCUCUGCAAGAGCUUUACCUUCUAGUGUUCAAGAUAAAAAUGUAAAUACAUCACGCUAGCAGUGUUUGCUACAGGGCUAGUGGGAUGAGGCUCACAGUUGCAUAGAGUGAUAACGAUCAGAGAAUGUUCCCCAAGGAAACCAGUUCUUCUGGUGAGUCCAGGAUAAGCAGAUGUGCAUUUAGCAGGUUUAGCAGGCAGAGUGUGGCCCGUCGCCUCUGCAGGUUUGCUCCCAUAGGAUUGAACUCUUUGGCAGUUGUGCUCCAAGACUGCCUGUGAAUUGUUGCUCGGUUCCAUCCGUAACAAUGGAUCGGUGCUGAGUUGUGCCAAUAUCGUCUUCUUUUUCCUUUCUUGUAAGUGGCAGCGUAUGGUCAGCUGAUGUCCACACGAAGGCAACUAUACCCUGUCUUGCCAACAGAAUUUUUUUGAGGAAACCCAUGCAUGCUCAGAAUCACUUUGGGAUUCCCGAGAGCCUCAGGACUAUCAGGACAGAGGGGAGGAAAUUAUAGAACUUCAGUGAUAUCAAGGGAAUCUUUAAGGAGACCCAGGUGUCUACACAGUGCUGGUUUCCCCGAGAUCUCAGUUGCUCUCUUUUCAAGAUUCUAGUUUCCCAAGCUGAAAACCAGAGGGCUGGCUUUUGGAGUCCAUCUAAUAAGAGCAACUAAUAGCUGAUUCUCAUUAUUAUUAUUAUUAUUAUUAUUAUUAUUAUUAUUAUUAUUUUAAUUCAGACAUUUAGCCUGUGGUCUGAGCAUAAUUAAGCAUGAGAAGUAGUUUAAGGCUAGACUGUCUCCAUGUAAUUCUAUGUAUCUCAGCACUGAUGUCUGUUGUGUGCCAACGCUGAUCUCUAGGUCGUGAGGUCUCCCUGUCAUAACAUGGAAUGUGCCAAGUCCACGGGGCCGCCCCUAAAAUAAAGCUGUACACAGCUUUCCCUGUCACCUACUUGUCUCAGUGAACAAAGGUGAUACAGCAGUAAACUCUACAUAAAAGAUUGUUUUGCCCAGUCAGUUCAAUUAAAUAAAAUGUCAUUUGGAUAUGAAAUAUGUUUGACUUUAAAGCCCAAAUAUGCCUACCCAUUAAUAUCAUUCAAUUAUUUUUAAAAUGUAUAUUUAAAAUAUAGACUCGGAAUUUUCUUUGGAAGUAAAUAGUGUGGGUAAAUCCAUUACUUAUGCAUAUGUCUUUCACUAAAGUGAUGGCUUAUCUUUUACAUGAAAUCAAACAGUACAUGUAUAAUUUCAGUUAAUAUAAGGGUAAAGAAUUUUUUCAGGCAUGAUAUAGUAAUAGAUGAAUAUGUCAAGUAUGGGCAUAACCUACAAUGAUUAUUAAGUUAUUCACUUUUAAGACCUGACAUCUUGUUAGCACCUCUGUUAAUAUUCCACUGGAUUUCAGUGGACUCAAUUGGUGCAAUCCUCCUAAAUCAAUUUAGACACUAUAAAAAAUCUACCUUCAUAGUCCUUUAAAUGUUAAAUUUCUAUCAUUUUGUUUAUUAUAGAAUUUUAAAUUUUGUUUAUUAUAGAACUUAAUACUAAGUUCUUGAAAAUUUACACAAAGUCAAAUUUUAAUACAUAGAUUCAGUGUAAAAUGAAACAGACACAUCUGGUAUUUAAAAUACCUUUUUUAAUCUACUGCAUUUUGUAGAAUGAGUUUGCUACAGCUUAUGUGUUUUAAGGGUUUAAAUUAUCAUUGUGAUCUACACCAAGACUUAACAGGCUGAAAAUAUUUCUUCUGCAUGGGGAGAACUCUGUAAACGUUUUGAAGUGAUAAAUAAGUAAAAGGUAUAAUUAUUAGUUUAUAUUAAUAUAACAAAGAAUUAUUCCUCAGUAAAAUUGUUUGAUUGGUGGGGGGAAAAAGCCUUUUAGUUGAAGUAGUAGAAAUUAGUAAAACUGCUGAUCCUUAUUUUGUUUAUUAAGAAAUCUAGCAUUGUUAAUAUAUACUAAUUAAUAUUUAAUUCUUCACAGUUGUUUAAUUAUAUACCUGUGAAUUUCUUUUCUAGAUAUAUUAGGUAUGUGAAAAUAUUAUAGGACAGCAUCUAUAAUUUUUUAACUUGAUUAAGUAGUUUCUGUAGGAUUGCUUUACAUAAUACUUACAGAUUCAUAGUAUAGACGUAGCUUAAUAUGGGAUUAAUAUAUAUCAUAGAAUAAAAUAUCCAAAUUUGUGGAAUUUUAAGAUAUAACAAUUUUAAGCACUUCUGAAAUUGGUGGUGUAAUUACAGAAGCUAAUGAAUAAAGUAUCUGCCAUGUCACCUUAAACUAAGUAAUUCUCACCUUCAAAUAUAAGAUAUUCUCUUAUAUUUUAGUAAUUAUGCUAGAAAUUAAUGACCACAAUGAGU